GCCGCCCACUUCAACGUGCGCGCUACCGGCGUCCAAUCGCGACCGUUAGCCGGGGCCGGGCGACUGCGGUGGGAGAGGAGAAAAUCUGACCGUCCGUGCCGGCUGAUGUGAAAAGUCACGAUACCGCAGUCAAACCACGCAACGCACCAGCACAUGCACAGGCCUGCUAAGGGAAAUAUGAAGUUCUUCAUUUGUAAAAUGGUGACGAAUAUGUUGUGCCACUGACUGAGCGGGUGACAUCUGGACCGUCGUAAACCUUCUUAGCGCCUCGUAGCGGCACAGCAGAAGCACCUCCAGGUUCGCCGUCCUCCUCCGAGCAGCUUUCCCUUUGCCACCUGCGAUCCUCGGAGGGAUCGGGCUCCUCCUCACCCAACGCUUCACCUCACCCUCACCUCCCCGCGAGGGAGCGAACAGCAGCCGCCAUGGUGCUGUCACAGAGACAAAGAGAUGAACUAAAUCGAGCUAUAGCUGACUAUCUUCGUUCCAAUGGAUAUGAAGAAGCCUAUUCUACCUUCAAGAAAGAAGCAGAAUUAGAUAUUAAUGAAGAGGUAGAUAAGAAGUAUGCUGGGCUUUUGGAAAAGAAAUGGACCUCUGUUAUUAGAUUACAAAAGAAGGUGAUGGAGUUGGAGUCGAAGCUGAAUGAGGUGAAGGAGGACAUGACGUACGGCGGACCCGUCGGUCAAAAGAGAGAUCCGAAGGAGUGGAUCCCCCGCCCCCCGGAGAGAUACGCCCUGAGUGGGCACCGUGCUCCAGUCACACGGGUCAUUUUCCACCCCGUGUUUUCCGUCAUGGUGACGGCCUCUGAAGAUGCCACCAUUAAGGUGUGGGACUACGAGGCAGGAGACUUUGAACGAACCCUGAAAGGACACACGGACUCGGUGCAGGACAUCUCCUUUGACCAGACGGGGAAGCUGCUGGCCUCGUGUUCGGCUGACAUGAGCAUCAAACUCUGGGACUUCCAGGGCUUUGAGUGCAUCCGGACGAUGCACGGCCACGAUCACAACGUGUCGUCCGUAGCAAUCAUGCCAAACGGUGACCACAUAGUUUCUGCCUCCAGAGAUAAGUCCAUCAAGAUGUGGGAGGUGGCCACAGGGUACUGUGUGAAGACAUUCACAGGCCACAGGGAGUGGGUGAGGAUGGUUCGCCCGAACCAGGACGGCUCGUUGAUCGCCAGCUGCUCCAACGACCAGACUGUGCGCGUCUGGGUGGUCGCCUCCAAGGAGUGCAAAGCCGAGCUGCGGGAGCAUGAACACGUGGUGGAGUGCAUCGCCUGGGCCCCUGACAGCGCUCACCCCACCAUCCUGGAGGCCACAGGCUCAGAGAGUAAAAAGAGUGGAAAGCCUGGCCCCUUCCUGCUCUCUGGCUCCAGAGAUAAAACGAUUAAAAUGUGGGACGUCAGCAUCGGGAUCUGCCUCAUGACUCUGGUGGGACAUGACAACUGGGUGCGUGGGAUACUGUUUCAUCCUGGAGGACGAUUCAUCGUGAGCUGCGCCGACGACAAAACAAUCCGGAUCUGGGACUACAAGAACAAACGCUGCAUGAAGACCUUAUCUGCUCAUGAACACUUUGUUACCUCUUUGGAUUUCCACAAGACGGCUCCAUACGUGGUUACAGGCAGCGUCGAUCAGACAGUCAAAGUCUGGGAGUGUCGCUGAGACUGCCACCAUCUCUCCCCCUCUACCCUGCUGCCCCCAAUUCCAAGGAUUUAAAAAAGAGAAAAACAAACAAAAAAAAGAUCCCCGACGCGCCAUGCUAGCCGCCGAUCCUCAGCUCCCUCCGCCCUGACGUCCAGCCCUUCACCUCUCGCACUCCAGAUCAUAGUUGACCAAUGCGCUUUACCUUCCCCUCGCUCCUCCCUACACUGAUCCAGCCCCAUUAAGAUGACUAUUGUCCUUUUUGUGUAAAUUAUUCUGGAUGUAGGGUACGCUUAAUAAAUGUCACGCAAAUAUCUGACACAUAAACACUCAAAAUGAUAAUAAAUAUCUUUGCAUGGUGACUCAAACAAGAAAAAAUAAAUAAUAAUAAUUCAAUACUGUUAGAUUUAUAAAUUUCCAUACUGUUGUCAUGACUUUCCAUUGGGUCAAAGGGUAAAUGUCUGUGUGCUGGUGCAGUUAGAUUUAACUGAGUGCACUAAAACCAACGGCGCCUCCUGUUGACAGGGUUUAGGUUAUGUUUAGUUUUUCUUUUAUUUCACGGCUCCUUUCUUGUGGUCCAUUGUUGCAGUUAUGGAGGAAAAGGAAUGAAGGAAAAUAAUCAAGCCUGUUGCAGCUUCGCAGUUUAUCGCAUUAGUUUAACGUCACGCAACGCAAAAACGCAAAAUCUAUUCAGCAACAUGUAGGAGCUUGUGUUAGGUAAAUAAUAAUAUUUAUGAAAACGUUCCAGUUCCACUGGUGCCGUUACCUAGCAACGCCAGCCCAGGCCGUUACCUAGCAACGCCAGCCCAGGCCGUUGCCUAGCAACGCCAGCCCAGGCCGUUGCCUAGCAACGCCAGCCCAGGCCGUUGCCUAGCAACGCCAGCCCAGGCCGUUGCCUAGCAACGCCAGCCCGUCACCUAACAACCCUGUCAAAGUUUUUUGGCAGAUUAUUUAACUUAUAAUAAGAUAUUUUUCUCUUGUUAUCUGUGAAAUAAUCUGCUAAUGGAACUAGCACUUUUUCAAUAUUUACUUAAAACAAGCUCAUGCAUGUUGCUACUUCCAAGUUACUUUAGUUUUAAUUCAAGUCAGUUAAGAUAGCUGCGCUGGAAACUACUAAUACUUGGUAAGAUUUUGUCUUUUUGUGGUGUUUUUAUUUUCUUAUUUUUUGACAGGAGAAUCUUUCCACCACAUCCAAUCCGAUGGCAGGCAAAGCUUCUCGCCACUUCGAUUUUUCUUCUUUUAACCAAGCAGAUCGCAAACGAGCCCCCGACAGGAAAGUGUGUUUUACAGAGGAAAACGUCAGCUCACCUAUUCAUGAGGUGUGUGUGUGUGUGUCCCUCCAGAGAAUCGCCCAGUGCCCUGUUGCUAUCUCUGCCUUGAAAACCCGAUCCAGGGCUCCAUCACAGGAUUUUCAGCUUUCCAGCUUUCUGUGGUCCCACUGCUCUCUUUGCAUACACUCACUAAUGCACAUACACGCACAGUAAAAAAUAAGAAAAGUUGUGUAUCAAUAUAUCUGGAUGUCAUUGUUUGCAGCAUAAUGAAAUAAAAUUCUGUAAAUAUA